GCUUCAGCGCGGCCGGGCUCGAGCGGAGCGGAGCGGAGGAGCCGAGCGCUUCUUUUCCUUCUGCUUUUCCUCUCCUCCUUUUCACCGCCGCUUCAUCUGGAGAGAAGCGGAGCGGCGCAACGAGGCCACGAAUUCGCGCAGAACCCGUCCCGCUGCAGCCGCGUGCACAGAGCGCAAACAAACAAACAAACAAACAAAACAGAAUCAAACAAACCGGUAUUAUCAGCCAUGUCCGAACCGCGGUACCGAGAGUGGAUCCUGGAGACGAUCGACUCGCUGCGCUCGAGGAAAGCGCGGCCGGACCUGGAGCGGAUCUGCCGGAUGGUGCGCAGGAGACACGGAUCGGACCCGGACCGCACGCGGGCGGAGCUGGAGAAGCUCAUCCAGGAGCAAACUGUGCUCAAAGUUAACUACAAGGGCUCCGUGUCCUACCGGAACGCCGCCAAAGUGCAACGGAAAUGCCGGCGGAAGGUCGAGCAGGCGGGCGCGCGCACCAAACACACCGCGCCGGAGCCCAGGGGCAGUACCAGUACCAGUACCGCCAAGAACCACGACAACAUCAGCGCGCGCACUGCCGCGGACCGGGAGGAGCGCGAGCUGACUCCGUGUAGAGAUCCGUCACCGUCACCCAGCAGCUGCUCGCGCUCCGCUGAGGAGAAACGGGAAGAAGAAGCAGCAGAAGAAAAGGUUUUGUCUCCUGCGCCAGGCGGAAUCUGCAGUUUCACGAGUUGCGACGGCUCCGGUGACACUUCCAGUCCCGCCGCUGGACGGGUCGAGGGAGAGGGAGGAGGAGGAGGGGAGGAGGAGACGCGCUGUGUUCUCGGCCACGCGAGCACCGACCCGCCCGAGCCCGAGCAGCGAACUUGCACGAGCGCUCGAAACAAUAAGCAGCACGCGCCCCAAGUGAGAGCGGCGGAUCUGGGAGACCGGCUCGUGGCCGCCGUGUGCAGUCUGAGCGAGCGGAGCAGCCGGGGUCACGCGCCGCUCGGGCUCAAAGAGAUCCUGGGCUACCUCGGCACGCAGGCCGCGCACGCGGACGGUGAGAAACUGACCCGCCACCGCAUCAAAGUGGUGCUGGAGCGCGAGAUCGAGAAAGGGCGCCUGCGCAGGACGCGCCUCGGUCACAUCACCGUGCCCGCCAGGAGAUGCGGCCCGAGCCCGGGGGCGGCCAAGGCGUCCGCGCGACUCCCGGCGAGCACGAACAGCGCGCCGCAGGACGGGCGCGUGUCCGAGCAGGAGGAAGUAAAGGAGGAGGAGGAGUCAAUGGAGGUGGAAAGCGAGGAGGAUGGCAAGAUGGACAAAAACACCACAUCUCCGACACAGCUCGAGCCCCAGAGCACCAAACCUGAAGCAGAAGCAGAUGUCCAAGUUCACACACAUGCUCCAUUUUCAGCCGGUGAGGAGGUGAAGGUGUGUGGCGUUACUCACACACCAGUGACCGUGGAGGAGGAACUCCAGCCCUCACCAGCAUCAUCACCAUCAAAACCGAGCCCGGUUCAUCAGGAAGCUGAAGAGUGUGUCGCUGAAGUUGAAAUGGUGAUGCAGGGAGAGUCGAUUCACACAGAAAGUGUAACACAAGAUCAAAGAGAACCCAUACCUGACCACGUGCACACACUCACACAGGAUGAAGCGGUUGUCGUCUCAGACGGUGUCACGAUUCCACCGUCGAUUCCCAUGAAAAAUUAUUCAGUUUGUAAGGCUGAGGUGGGUGUGUCCUCCUGUCUGCUGACUCCAUCUGCCUCUCCAGGAGCAGCCGAGGAACGAGGGAUGAACGGAGGAGUUUUUGUCAAAUCGGAGUCCAGCAUCACAAAUCCGGUCGACUGGACGGUGGCAGACGUCGCCAGUUACUUCACAGCAGCAGGAUUUCCAGAGCAGGCUCUCGCCUUCAGGAUGCAGGAAAUCGAUGGGAAAUCACUCCUCCUGAUGCAGCGCAACGACGUCCUGACUGGCCUGUCAAUCAGACUUGGCCCCGCCCUGAAGAUCUACGAGCGCCAUGUGAAGGUUUUGCAGAAGACCCACUUCCAGGAUGACGAAGCUUUCUGCUGAAACACACACACUUUCGGAUCUAUAGCGUGCACGCACUCACACCCAAUGGAGCUUUCUACAGAGACACAAGCAACUCACGUGCACACUCCUGUUGCACCCUGUACCGGACUUUGACUUCCCUGUUAACGGCAGAACAUUCCAGAUAUUUGUCACAAUCGCACACUCACAUGUUAUUAUCUCUUUCCAUUCCUAUGAGGCUGAAGAACAUCCAGCGAGGCAUGAAGACGCCCCUGAGGUGUCACUGCACACUACAAAAACAAAGGUGUCAUUUCUUUAAAGACGGACUGAUCUUGUGCGUGCAGCUGACACGGUUGUGAUUCCUCGGCUCGUGAACUUUGACCUGGGACCAAAUGCAACACUCGAUGCUGCAGACAUGGGUGCUGUCCAUUAGGGGGCAGCGUAUGCCUGGAAAACCACCCCAAAACAUGGAAGUCUGCUUGAUGGCACAUUUGAGGACUUCAUCAUGGUCUGAAAUCAGAUUUCGUACGUGUGCAGGAUUUCACGCCAACAUUGGACAUGCUUAGUCAACUGAACAACGUUUUCUUUAUUUUGUUUUUUGUUUUGGUUUGGGUUUUUUUUACCAAGAGGUCACGGAGAUCUUUUCCAACGUGUUUCUGAGUCACAGUUUUUGACCUACCUGGCUGCGGCACUGCAUCCCAGUCUUCCCUGUUGCUUCUGGCCACGUGGUUCGUGCAAAGAUUCUAGAACACAUUCUAGUACCCUCUGAGGUCUCAUAGCAAGUUCUAGAAUAAGUUCCAGAAAAUGAAAAUUGUUAUUGGAAUCGGUCAGAUUCUAGAACGGGUUCUAAAAUCCUCCCAAAGAGCAUUAGGAAGUUCUGGAUUCUGUAUCAGAAAUUGAAAAUGAUCUGUCGAACUUGUCAGGUUCUUGAACAGGUUGUGUAACCUCCCAAAGUUCCCAAGAGCAUCCUAUAUUCUGGAUUCUGUGGAAGAAGGACUUGACAGCUCUUCUUGCUGAACUCAUAUGAAGUGUACAUUAUAUGCCUAAAAGUUUGUGCACCUCUGACGAUCACACCCAUAUGUUCUUGUUGAACGUCUCAUUUCAGAUUUAUUCCCCUGUACUGUUGCAAUAAGCUCCACUCUUCUUUUCUCUUCCCUUCCCUUCCCUUCCCUUCCCUUCCCUUCCCUUCAGGGAGGGCUUUCCACUAGAUUUUGGAUGUGUGUUCAUUCAGUUCAGUUACAAGAGCUUUAGUGAGAUCAGGUACCAGUGUUGAGGUUGAGAAGGCUCCAGUUUCAGUUCAUCCCAAAGGUGUUCAGUGAGAUUGACUUCAGUCAGGGUUCUGCGCAGGACACGCGAGUUCUUCCACUCCAACCUUAACACACCAUGUCUUCAUGGAGCUCGGUUUAUGCACAGGGGCAUCAUCGUGAUGGAAAAGGAUUGGGUCUCUUAGUUCCAGUGAAGGGAAAUUGUCAUGCUAAAGAAAUUCGAUACAAUUGUGUUUGUGGAAGAACCACAUAUGGGUGUGAUGGUCAGGGGUGCACAUACUUUUGGCCAUAUAGUGUCGCUUGCAAAAAAAAAAAACGGGACUCCCUUUAAAAACACUAAGCAGUACUAUAAUGCUUAGUGUGCUACAGUGGGGCAAAAAAGUAUUUAGUCAGUCACCAA